CAUUUUCUACAUCCUAAUCAUUAAUUGAAGAUUUUAGGACAUAGUCACAAAAUGCCUAUUCUCAAAAACAUUCACAUGGCUUAUUCAUAUUAUUCUCCACCACCACCACCCUCAUUAUCAUCGUCACCGCCGCCGCCAUGUAACCCUGUCAUUGCAAAACCUCCACCUCCACCUAACAUGGGCCAAACACCACCAAGUGGAGGACCAAUCAUGCCACCACCAUCCCCUACACCACCACAGUCCACUACUCCACCAGCUGUUAUGCCACCACAGUCCACUACUCCACCAGCUGUUAUGCCACCACAGUCCCCUACUCCACCAUCUGUCAUGCCACCACAGUCCUCUACUCCUCCACCACCAGGCAUCCCACCGCAGUCGCUUACUCCACCACCAACAUAUAAUCUACCACCACCUGUACCACCACCACCACCACCAUCUAAUCUACCACCAACACCUACAUCUCCUCCUCCCUCCACUAAUCCAGCUCCCACACCAACAGCAACUUUUCCACCUCCACCACCAUCAAUUGAGUGGCCACCUCUAGCACCAGCACCGCUACCUCUUUAUCCCGGUGUCCCUCCUCCUCCUCUGGCACCCACACCACAUUCUUCAAUCCCACCACCGCCCCCGGGAGGCAACCACACAACCAUCAUUGCAGUGUGCGUCUCGCUGGGCGGUUUCUUCUUCCUUGCAUUUCUUGCUAUCGGUUUCUUCUGCUGCUGUUUGGCGAAGAAAAAGAAAAAACCGGUCAUGGUUCCAGCAGCCGCUUGUAGCGAGGAGCAUUCACAAGAAGAAGGCCCAUAUGGUGAAGAAAAUGUGGCCGUAGUAGUUGCCAGUGAAGAAGAAAUUUAUGAAGUUGGAGGCAUAAGUGGUGGCAACGAUGGUGGCGGCGGUUCACAUGGAGGUCGUUACACUGGUGCUCCGAGCUAUCAGAAUUGCGGCUAAUUAAGGUUACCUUAUAUGCUUCCACAGCCAAACAGCAAGUUGCUUUACUAUGCAUGCAAUAGUUGUAUUUUCCAAUAUAUCAUUAAUAUAUUUAUUAUUUUAUUGAGUGAUAUUAGAGAUUUUAAAUAAUUUAUUAAAUUUUUUAUUAAACUUUUUAUAUGAAGGUAAGAUUUACACAUAUGUAAAUUUGUAUGAAUCCCAUUCCCAUAUAAAAAGUUUGAUAAAUUAUUUAAGAUGGAUUUUCGUAUUUCAUUUGUCAUCA